UCCAAGAUGUCUGCGCCCAUAAUUUGAAAAAAUUUUUUGACAUUUUUUGCAAAAAAACAUCGAUUUAUUGCAAAAUCGCAGCAAAAUCUCAAAAUGUCUGACACGUGGAGUGAUAUUCAGGCAACAAAAAAUAAGCAAAGCAGCUUGAGAGAGAAAUUACUGCGUCGAAGACGGGAGAGAGAAGGCAUUUUAGCCGACAUUUCUGGCCCUUCACUGGCUUCGGCAGCAGGUGAUACUGCAGGAUCCUCGGCCAGUACCUCAAAGCCAUCAUCGAGAAGUUCAAGUCCAGCUCCUAGUGCUGCAGAUGUCAAACCAAAAGGUGACGUCAAGACCAAGUUGGAGCCUAUUCCCAUUGACCCAGCUGUAGAAAAACAACUACUCAACUGCCUUUCAGAUAUUUCUUUGAAUUUUCCACUGGAUGCUAGUCAGUUGGAGUCUUUAGUUUCAAAAGCUUUGGAAAAGGAUAGCACCCCCAUAUCUGCUAUUGAAGACCUCUUGGAGAAAUUUGCUGCUCAGCAACUUAUUAGUAUUCAGAAAAAUGAUGAUGGGGAAGAUGGUAAAUCACUGGUUGUCCUCUCCACGGACCAUUCAAAGCUGGAAGCGCUCAUCGAUGGCGAUUCUGUCAAGAAGAGGAAGAAGGAUGCAGAGGAGCCAAAGGAAGACGACGCCCAUCUAUUCAAGAAGAUCAAAGUGGAGGCACCAAAGAAAGAUGAUAACACUGUGGAGAGUUUGCUGAUGAUGCAGUCAGCCAAGGAGAGAGAGGAGAAGAAGCUAAGUGAGGAGAUCCUUCAGCUGUUAAGCAAGCCAACUGCCAAGGAGAGGUCACUGGUGGAGAAGUUCAGGUCACAGGGUGGUGGAUCAGUGCAGGAGUUCUGUCAGUAUGGCACAAAGGAGGAAUGUACACAGAACAAGGAUAUGAAGGACUAUUGUAAAAAGUUACAUUUCAGGAAGAUUAUUCGUAAACAUACUGAUGAAUCUCUGGGUGAUUGCUCAUUCUUGAACACCUGUUUUCACAUGGACACAUGCAAAUAUGUGCAUUAUGAGAUCGAUUACCCAGAGAAAAGUGACAAGGGUAAAGAAAUCAUGAUCCCCAAGUCAAUUGAUAAUUUCAAGAGAUCAGACUCACAAACUAUAUUAUAUCCCCAACAAUGGAUUCACUGCGAUCUGCGGAACUUUGACAUGUCAACGAUCGGCAAGUGUGGUGUGGUGAUGGCUGACCCUCCGUGGGAUAUUCACAUGGAACUGCCGUAUGGUACCAUGAGUGAUGAUGAGAUGAGAGCACUGGAUGUCCCUGCGUUACAAGAUGAUGGCUUCAUAUUCCUUUGGGUGACUGGCAGAGCUAUGGAGCUUGGAAGAGAAUGUUUAAAGAUUUGGGGUUACGAGAGGAUCGAUGAGUUGAUCUGGGUGAAGACGAACCAGCUACAGCGGAUCAUCAGGACGGGGCGGACGGGACAUUGGUUGAAUCACGGCAAGGAGCACUGUCUGAUCGGCAAGAAAGGCAACCCACAGGGGAUCAAUAAGGGUAUAGAUGCUGAUGUGUUAGUGGCAGAGGUGAGAGCCACCAGUCACAAGCCAGACGAGGUCUAUGGUAUCAUUGAGCGACUUUCUCCAGGAACAAGAAAAGUUGAACUUUUUGGCCGACCACACAAUGUCCAACCUAACUGGAUUACUCUCGGCAACCAGCUGGACGGAGUGAGACUUUUAGAUCCAGAAAUUGUGAAAAAUUUCAAGGAACGAUAUCCAGAUGGCAGUUGUUUGGGUUCAAAGAAAUAAAAGCUGGACUCGUGGCUUGGAGGACUGAUUCGGUGGCUCAGUGGACUGUGGUCCUCAACGUGUUUAAGACAAUGACUGGGACAUCGGAUACAUCUUAAAGACGUCAAAAUGUUUAAUUCAUAGCUCAUGACAUCACCCACUGCUCUGUAUUUGAUGUGAAGGUCAAUCAAGUUCGUGACCAAACAUUUCGUUCAAGAUCUUAGCAAUGGACUGUUCAGACAGCCAAACAUGAUAGGUUGUGUCAUUGUCAAGUUGAGCUCCAGCUUGGCUGGGAGAAUGUUGAUGAAGUACUAUAAGGCAUUGCAUUUCGCAUGUAUCAAAUACAGUGCUGUCAAUGAAUUCAAUACAAAGUGAAACCUUUAA